AUGGAAACGCCGCUGGACUUGUUGAAACUUAACUUGGACGAAAAAGUUUUCGUCAAACUGCGCGGUGCUCGCGAAAUGACCGGCACUUUGCAAGCGUUCGACUCCCACUGCAACAUUGUGCUCUCAAACGCUACAGAAACGAUCUAUGAGUUUCUAGAGGGAGAGCUAAAAUCAAAUACCAAAUCCUCCGAAAUGGUCUUUGUCAGAGGCGACUCAGUGACGCUGAUCACAACUCCGUCAGAGGAAUAA